CUCGUGUCUUAGCUUGGGCACCUGGUCCCUUUGUCAUUCCAUGUUUUCCUAUUUAUGGACGUGCGUUUAUAUUACAUGCUUAUAACCUUAGGAUCUGUUGUUGUUCCGCUUUAUGUUCAAGUUGCUGUCCUCUUCUUAAUUCAACCACCACCAUCAAAUUGCACUCGUUUAACUGUGUCAAAAGAUAUGGACCGCUCCGAGUAGCGAUGACCGAACUGCAAGCUUUGGUUGAGUUUUCUGUGGAGCUAUACAAAUUCUACAAUGUGGACCUCUUCCAGCGCGGCUACUACCAGGUGCGGUGCACCCUCCGCACCUCCCCCAAGCUGCCCGUCAGGGUGGACGUGUCGCUGCCUCCGAGGAAGAGCGGCCGGGAGCCCCGCUCGCCCCGCGAACGGGUGGAGAUCAUCUUCCCGGCCUGCACCGUGGACGGCACCGCCGUGUCCAAGACCUUCCACAUCCUGUACCGCAACGACGAGGUGGUGCUGGACGACGUCAUGCUGUUCAGAGCCUUCAUCCUGGUCGACAGCCACAAGAUCGAGGAGACCCUGGAGCGGGCCGACUUCACGCUGGUCGUGGAGCUGUGGUUCACAGACGAGCCGUUCGGGCCGGACCAGCAGCGCUGCAUCGAGAGCGUGUGCGCGCGGACGCUGCGCCUGCACUUCCCGCCCACGCGCGGCCUGCACGACCACGUGCCCCUCCUGUUCGACUACAGCCACCUGGCGGCCGUCACCAUCACCGUGCACGCCGCCCUCGUCGCCCUGCACCAGCCGCACGUCAAGAGGAGCAUUUUGCACUACGUGCAGAGCUGCAACCCUCGCAGCACCAAGCCCUGGCUCGGUGCUUCGCAGCGGCUCAGCCUGCGCCACAACAGCAAGAACGAGCCCGCCUUCUUCGGCAACCUGAGCAGCAGCGGCGGCGCCACCAAGUGCGCCAGCGGGGGCAGCAACAGCAGCCGCCUCGCCCACGCGCGCCACGUGCACCAGGAGGUGUGCUCGCUGCUGCUGGCCGCGUACGAGGCCCUGCAGACCCGGCUCAACAAGUACAUGAAGCUGCUCCCCAAGUGGCAGCAGUCCCCCGUGCAGAGCAAGGACUGCCUGCAGCGCUUCAACACGCUCAGCGACUUCGCCAAGGGGUGUCACCGCCAGCUGGCCUCCACCCUCAAGGAAGGCGCGGAGCACCAGGGCGGCCUCGGCCACGGCCACGGGGCCACGCCGUACAAAGAGUACCGCGAGCACCGGGGCGUUGACGUCGAGGAGGAGUUCGCCGCACUCGCGAACAAGGACAUCGCCCAGCUGUGCGCCGAGAACAUCCUACUAUGGCAGAAGUUCCUCGACGCGUUCACGCUCAAAGAACCGAUUCACCAGCACCUGUCCAAAGUGCACCACCAGCUUCGGGUGCGGCGCUUCGCCGAGGCCUUCUUCGUGCUGGACAACCCCCGGCACUCGGCGGCCGGCUGCUACGACGCCAACUACCAGAACUACCUGACGGUGAGCGAGAUGGCGCGCCGGUCGCGCUACCUCGCCACGCUGCCGCCGCUGCCCAUCCAGUGCGUGGAGACGGACGGCGACAUCGCCACGCUGCCCAUCAUCUUCGAGGACCAGUACCAGGAGGUGGACGAGUUCGCGCGCCGCCGCAGUGCCGCAGGGCUCGGGCUGGGCGGCCGAGACGACAGCAAGCAGGCGUCGCGCGCCUCGCUCCCCAUCGCGGCCCUGGGCAACGUGGGCAACCACGAGGACUGCAGCUGCGGCAUCUCCGCCAUCCUGGAGUCGCGCGCCAAGCUGCAGCAGCAGCAGCAGCUGCUGCUGCGGCCCGCGUCGGCCUCCACCACCUGCACCUUGACCAGCAACAGCACGCUGUCCACAGACCUGACGGGCGUCGGCGAGCAGGAGCUGCAGGCGGGCGACGUCAUCAAGGCCACGCUCACGCUGCAGCCGCAGCGCCACCGCCACCGCAAGGGCAAGCACGACGCCCAGGGCCCUUCGGACCACACGGCCACGCUGCCGGUGCGCGGGGCCUCGGCCAACGCGCGCAGCGCCAGGCACAGCAAGUCCCUGGACCAGCUGCGCUCGCUGCAGGCCCCGCCCGGCGCCGGCCACAAGGCCGCCAACGGGGUCGCCGCUAACGGGCAGCCGGUGCCGCGGACCGACGGCUGGGUGUCGUCGGGCGGCCCGUCCGACGCCGAGCUGCUGUCCCGGAGCAGCGAGUGCAUGGCCGUGCUGGGCAUGGGCAUCACCCUGGACAGCGCGAUGCCGCCGCCACCCCGCCGCUUCCGCGCGCAACCCGGCGCCCCGGACCAGGACGGCGCCGCCUCCUCCACCGAGUCCAACAGCGACUCCCCGCCGCACGCCGCGGCCCUGGCGGCGCGGCACGGGCACGGCCACACCACGUACCGCCGCCUGGAGACGAGCGCCAGCGUGCCGUACGACCUGAGCGGCCAGAACGGCGUGGUGGUGGACGGCGUGGUGGUGCCGCCGCUGCCGGACUUGGACGCGCUGGGGCUGGGCUCCUCGCGCAGCACCGUGUCCCUGCCCAGCGUGCUGGGCGUGGACCUGGCCCUCGGCCUGGACGAGGUGGCCGCGGCCUUGGGCUUCCCCGUCGACGACGGCCGGCCUCGGCCGCCCCGUCGCGCCGCUAGCUGCGAGUCCAUGCCCAACCUGACCGAGCUAGGGCUGGGCGCGUCGGCGGCCAUGCUGCUGCCACCCAGCGAGCCGACCUCGCCCACCUCGCCGGCGCUCGUCGCCGCCAUCCCCGUGGUUGACAGGUCGCCGCCGACAUCCUCGUCCGUGUCGCUGUCCGUCAACGGGGAGGUGCCAGGCGGCGGUGACGGCGACGUCACGUCGGAGCAGAGUGGCUGGGUGUCACACUCCUCGCGGCGGUCAUCGCGUGACGCGUCCAGCGGCCAGCUCAGCCCGGACACGGACCGCGAGCAGGUCAACACCAUCGUGCGCGUGGGGCGCGGCGCCGGUCGCGUGGGGGUGGCGGCCACUGUAGGGGCUGCGGCUCGCGGCGUGGACGCGGCGCGGCGCGGGGACGCGGGUGCAGGGGCCGGCGAGGUGAGCGGCGAGCUGCUCCGCGCGCGCCUCAAGGAGCUGGUGCAGGUGCAGGUGGCGCGCGUGGCGCCAGGCCCCGUGCAGGGACCGUUGCCGCUCCUGCCGCUCCCCGACGUGGCGCCCGAGCGAGCGGGUCGCGCCGUCCCCGACCUCGUCGCCAAGAACGUCCCCGACCAGUUCCAGUUCCCCUUCCCGGACCUCGUGUCCAGCAGCAGUCCGCUACUGCCUCCCGUGUGGUUCGCCAACCCCUCGUCCGAGGACCCGCCCACCCCGGCGCCCGGCAGCGUGUCGCCGCCCUCGCCCGCGCCCUGCUCGGCCCCCAUCGCCACCGCCGAGCCCGCCUUCGAGGAGGUGCAGCUGCCGCCACCGUCCAUGUUCUGCGACGACCCUCCACCGCCGGAGCUGUUCCGCGACGACCCUCCGACGUCCUCGUCGCCCAUCCCCAACCUGGUGGACUUCCCCCCGCCGUCGCCGCCCCCCUCGGCCGCCAUGUUGGCCAAGCGGCCGUCGCUGCCGGCAGUGCUGGCCAAGAUGUCGCCGUCCCGAUCGUCGCCCGCGCUUGCCGUCGAGGUCACCUCGCCCGUCCACAACGGCAUGGCCGUGCACAGCGCCGCGACCAGCGGCACGCCGCCGAGGAGCCACUCGCAGCGCGUGUCGCCGUCCAUGGGCGUCCGCGCCAAGCUCACGGCCUCCGCGUCGGGCUCGCUGUCGGUGGACCACGGCUCCUCGCCGGCGUCCAGCGCGUCCAGCUCGCUGCUGCUGCGGAGGCUGUCGCCGAGGCCCGCGGUCAGGCAGACCGCCAAGGCGGCGCCGCCCGGGGCGCGGCCCGUGCCCGCCAAGCGCCACAAGUUCCCACCCCCGCUGUGCCUGGACGGCAGCGCGGACACCCUAGGCGGCUUGGGCGACGGCUACCACACGCUGCCCACCGCGGCGAGGGACAAGACCGGCACGUGCAUCGACAAGAGGCCGUGGCGGCGGCCCGUCCCCAUCACCAGCGGGCUGGACCCGCCGUCGCCCACCUCGGCCAACAACAACAACCACCACCACCAGCACACCCCCGCCACCAGGCACAAGGCCAAGGUGAAGCGCGAGGUCGAGUCCAACAACUACAAGUUCCACAAGCUGUCCAGCCAGAGCACGAGCAGCAGCGCCAGCAACAGUAGCAGCAGCAGUAGCAGCGGCGCCAGCAGGAAGACGGAGGUCACCAUGCUGGCCGUGGAGUCGGCCGCGGUGCAGGCGCAGGCCGAGGCGGAGGACAUGCAGGACGACAACCAGCAGCUCAUCCUGGCCGGCUCGGACUACGAGGCCAUCGUGAGCUUCGCCAAGGCCAAGGAGGAGUUCAAGCGCCAGAUCAACUUCUCCGGCAUGAUCUACAGCGACUUCGCCACGCUGGCCUCCACGCUGCCCUACUUCUACGUGAGCGACGCCUGCCGCAUGUACUCGCCGUCCGGCCUGCACCUGGUGGUGUGCGUGCACGGGCUGAGCGGCAACUCGUACGACCUGCGCCUCGUCAAGGCCUUCCUGGAGCUGGGCCUGCCCGGCUCCAACCUCGAGUUCAUCAUGUCGGAGCGCAACUCGUGCGACACCCAGACGGACUUCGACACGAUGGGCGACCGGCUGGUGACCGAGAUCCUGUACUACGUGGAGACGGUGGGGCUGAACCCGGCGCGCAUCAGCUUCGUGGGCCACUCGCUGGGCAACGUCAUCAUCCGCGCCGCGCUGGCCAAGCCGCGCAUGAAGCCGCUGCUGGGCCGCCUGCACACCUUCCUGUCGCUGGUGGGGCCGCACCUGGGCACGCUGUACAACAGCAGCGGCCUCGUCAACAUGGGCGUGUGGCUGCUGUCGCGCCUCAAGGGCUCCGACUCCAUCGUGCAGCUGUCGUGCCGCGACGCGCCGGACCUGCGCCAGACCUUCAUGUACAAGCUGAGCCAGGUGUCCAACCUGCACCUCUUCAAGAACGUGCUGCUGUGCGGCUCCUCGCAGGACCGCUACGUGCCGCUGCACUCGGCGCGCAUCGAGCUGUGCAAGGCCGCCGUCAAGGACACCUCUGCGCAGGGCACCGCUUACCGGGAGAUGCUGCAGAACAUCCUGCACCCCAUCAUCAACAACCCCGACGUGACGUUCGUGCGGUACGACGUGCACCACUCGUUCAGCGCCCACACCGCCGACGCCCUCAUCGGCCGCGCGGCCCACAUCGCCGUCCUGGACUCGGAGAAGUUCCUCGAGAAGUUCCUCAUGGUGGUCGGGCUCAAGUACUUCCGAUAAGUAACCGCACUGUGCCUGGCCAGCUUCUAUUGGGCCUCAGGGCGGCUGCGAUCUAAAGAAGACCCUCCUUCAGAAUGAGAUAAUGAGAUGCGUGGCAUCUUUAGCUUUGGUUGAUCUGGGCACGAAGGGUACGCCGACCAGUGAUUAUUGAUGAACCAGUAGCAUUUAUAGCGAAAAAAAUCCUUUUAUAUCUUGUGGUCCACUUACUAUUGCUCAGUAGAUAGUUUAUUAGGAAGAUUGUUAACAUUUUUCACUUUACAAUUCUUUCACUUCUCCAAAAGAAGAUAAUUUAAAACUAUGUUUUGCCUAUCUGAUCAGUGGACCAUUUGAAAGUGAUGGCAACUCUAUGAAAAUAGUGUCUCUGUGAUUUGAAACAUAUUUUAUCCGGCUUUAUUUCAAAGCAGAACCAUCAUGCAUAAAUGAAAAAAAUGCACUUUGUUUGUACCAAGUGCCAUAAAUGACGCAAAAUUCAACUCAUUCCUCUCACUGCCAAUGCAGUCUUUUCAUUACUUCACGUUUGAGUAGAAAUAUCCUUGAUAUGCCCUUUCGGCCUAUGUUAGACCAAGAAUCAUGUCCUUCAUCAUCACUUCCCUCCAGAACAGGAAGGUAUCUGUUUUAAAAAAUAUUUCUUUUUUGUUCCAGAAUAUAAACAUUUUUUUUGGCUUGUAGUUCGUGCCAAUACUACAAUAUUUUUGUUGUUCUAUUUCGGGAAUUACUUCAGUUUUGAGGUGCUGAAAAUUCUUACUCUCGCCUUUCUAUGACGCCAUUUUGUCUUCCCUCCUCCUCAACUUCCUGUAUUUCUCAGCACUGCCACAGAACAUUUUGAGUAAUCUUUGUGAUAUCUGAAGCUGCCCAUGCUUCAGCCAAAAUCUUUAUGUUGGAUGUGCAUUGUGCAUGUUAAGUUUCCCAAGCAGUAUUUUAUCUAGAUUGAAAUAGCAAAGUAAUCUCAUUUCUAAAAGAUCUUGUAGGAAGAGCUGUAGACCCCAAGCAGCAUAGUUUUCUUUUGCUGUCUUUCUUUUGCAAAGGCCUAAUUAUUGAGACAUGUUUUCCUCUGUGUGCAUUUUAAACGUCUUCACUUUUCGUGUACAUAUGUGUACCAUGUGUAAAUAUGUAUGUAUGUAAGUUAUGUACGUAUAUGUGUGUAUGAAUGUAUGUAUGUACGUAUGUAAGAUAACUGAAAGAAUAAAACUCAUUUUUCCCUUA